AUGGCUCUAUCCAAAAUGAGUACACUAGGCACAGCCCAACAUAUUUUAGAGUGUGGCAUUGAAAACUGUGAGAGAAACCGUGAAUUUUACUGCAAUCCUUGCCACCAACCAAUGUGUAAACAAUGUAGAGAUGAACAUCUGAGAAGUCCAGAAACAAAAUACCAUGAGGUAGUCCUAUACCAACUACGGAAAAGACAACUGCCCAAAGAAAAAUGCAAGAUCCACCCCACCAAGGAUAUAGAGCUUCUUUGUAAGGAAUGCCAAGUCCUUAUAUGUUCCACUUGCACUACCACAUCUGAACAUAGAUGUCACACCUUUACCGAUUCCAGACCAAUUUUGGAGGAGAUGUUUUCAAAUUGUCAAGGGGAAAUGACAAAAAUUUAUGAAUAUUUUCUUCCAACAUCAAAAGAUUUACAAAAGGAAAUUUGUGAAGAUCUCUCAGGAAUAAAGAUUCUCAUGGACAGCAUAAGAUCCUCCACCAAGGCUGAGGCAGAGAAUCUGAAAUGCAUGGUGGACACAAUUGAUGAUGAAACACUAAAUGAUUACAUCACCUAUCUCAAUGGUGUUGUGGAAGAGUUUGCCACCUGUGUGUCCUCUACAAAAUUAUUUUCAACAUUCUCUUCAGAGGAACCGAAAAUUCAACCCAUACCAGAGACAACAAAACCAAUCACACCAGAAUUUACCACUGGUCAGUACAACAAAGAAGAUGUGGUCAAAUUACUUGGAUAUAUGAAUGUCCCAAACAAAGAGGAAAAGAAGAGAGAAAUAAGGCCCAUGAUAGUACAGCCUCAUGUCACAUCUUCAACUCCAACUAGUGACCAUUUAGAGGAGAACAUUCAUCAGAAAUCUGUAUCUCCCUCUGUCACCAAGGUUAGGGAUUUAGAUAUUCCAAGCCUAAAGAAUGCAUGCCAUUUAUCCAUAGGUAAAUCAGGUAAAUCAAAAAUUCUUUGGAUCAGUGAUCAAUUUGGUAACCUUGUCCAAACAGAUCUACAGGGGAAUCAGCUACAGAAAAGGAAAACAAGUGGUGGGUAUGGCUACCAUACAUUGUCACUAGAGGGGGAUCUGAUGUUUACAGACAAAGACAACAAAGUCAUCAAAAAGAUGACACCAGAUAAUGAUGUCACUAAAUUCAUUAAAACGGGAGACUGGAAACCAAUCAGCAUACACUUCUCCCACAUAAAUGGGGACAUACUAGUGGGGAUGGUACUGUAUGGAGAGGCUAAAGUGACCAGGUACAACAGUGCAGGCAAAGAAACAAAGAACAUACAAAGGAAUGCUGUGGGACAGAAUCUCUACAGUUAUCCACACUAUAUCACAGAAAACAUCGAUGGAGAUAUCUGUACAUCAGACCGCAACAAAGGAGUGGUUGUGCUGGAUAAAUUUGGACAACUCAGGUUUUCCUACACAGGUCAGGCGUCAAACUUCAGUCCCCUUGGAAUAUGCACUGAUGUCUCUGGUCACAUCCUGGUGUGUGAUGAUAUCAGUCACACGAUUCACCUCCUUGAACAAGACAGCCAGUUCUUGUCUUUUCUGAUCACACCGAAACAAAAGAUUUCCUUGUUCAAGCCUUGUGGUAUGUGUAUGGAUGAUGAGAACAAUCUUUAUAUUGGACAAGAAUACCAAAAGGUGACAGUGUACAAAUAUCUCUAG